ACGUGGUCUGCAACCUCAUCUCGGGGCCGAGUCAAAGAAAUCUAAGAGGGAUUCUCUGAUCCGAUUCCGGCGAGAGAGAAAGAGAGAGAGAAGGGACUGGUUCAGUUCUCCGAUAAUGGCGUCGUUUAAGGUGAUGCAUUCUUCAUCUUCUUCUACAAACUCGGAUCCAUCUCGUCGCAUCCCUUCUUCUUCAUCUUUAAGACCUCAACAGUUGAGGCGAGAUCCCAGGAUUCUCGGCGGUUACAGUCCCGGUACGAUGACCGUUGAAGGGAUUCUACACGAGACCUUCGCAUCGGAUCCGCCAGCCACGGAGUCCUCGUCGCUCCUGAUGGAUGCUGCUGCUCCGACGCCGAUGGAGGAUGUCGUCGUCGGAGGAGGAGGAGGGACGGAGACGCGUGUGGACGAGGUGUGGAGAGGGAUGAAGGAAGAAGAGGAGACGCAGCAGCAUGAGGAGAUGAUGACGUUAGAGGAUUUCUUAGCGAAAGCGACUGGUGGUGGUGAAGACGGAGAGUCCGAUGACGUGGAUGUGAAGAGUUACGGAUUCGAUCAUCACAAUCCGUUUCAGAUGAUUGAUAAAGUGGAAGGAUCGAUCGUCGCGUUUGGGAACGGUGUGGAUGUCUACGGAGGAGGAGGAGGAGCGAGAGGGAAGAGAGCGAGAGUGAUGAUGGAGCCGUUGGAUAAAGCAGCUGCUCAGAGACAGAGAAGGAUGAUCAAGAACCGUGAGUCUGCUGCUAGGUCUAGAGAGAGGAAACAGGCUUAUCAAGUUGAGUUGGAGACUUUAGCUGCCAAGCUUGAGCAAGAGAAUGUGAAGCUUUCCUUGGAGAUUGAGGACAAGAGGAAAGAGAGAUACCAGAAGCUGAUGGAGUUUGUAAUCCCUGUCGUUGACAAACCUAACCACCAACCUCGCUUCUUACGCAGGAUUCGGUCUUUGGAGUGGUAAGGAUGGUCUACAAUAAUUAUUAAAACAAAAAAAAAAGAGACUUUGGAAGGUUUCUUUAGGAUUUUGUAUGGUUGCUUUUGAUAUGUAACUAAGAUCUAUGUGUAUCAGCGUGGAUUCGCAAUCUGGAGUAGAGAGUAGAGUGUGUGAUGAAUAUGGUUAAUAACUUUACUAUAUUAUUAUAUUUAUAUAGAUUGCAUAUGUUAUGUAGUUUACUA